GGGCCCGCCGAGCCAUGGCGGCUCCCGAGCCGGCGCCCAGGCGGGGCCGGGAGCGGGAGCGGGAGGAGGAGAGCGAAGAUGAGAGCGACAUCCUGGAGGAAAGCCCGUGCGGCCGCUGGCAGAAGCGGCGGGAGCAGGUAAACCAGGGAAACAUGCCCGGGGUCCAGAGCACCUUCCUGGCCAUGGACACGGAGGAGGGGGUGGAGGUGGUGUGGAAUGAGCUGCACUUCAGCGACAGAAAGGCCUUCUCUGCGCACGAGGAGAAGAUCCAGACUAUGUUUGAGCAGCUGGUGCUGGUUGACCAUCCCAACAUCGUCAAGCUGCACAAGUAUUGGCUGGAUGCCUCCGAGGCGGGCGCGAGGGUCAUCUUCAUCACAGAGUACGUGUCCUCGGGCAGCCUCAAGCAGUUCCUCAAGAAGACCAAGAAGAACCACAAGGCCAUGAACGCCCGGGCCUGGAAGCGCUGGUGCACGCAGAUCCUGUCCGCGCUCAGCUUUCUGCACGCCUGCAGCCCUCCCAUCAUCCACGGGAACCUGACUAGUGACACCAUCUUCAUACAGCACAACGGCCUCAUCAAGAUCGGCUCCGUGUGGCACCGCAUCUUCUCCAACGCGCUCCCGGAUGAUCUCCGAAGCCCCAUCCCUACCGAGCAGGAGGAACCGCGGAACCUGCACUUCUUCCCUCCGGAGUACGGCGAGGUGGCCGACCGCACAGCGGUGGACAUCUUCUCCUUCGGGAUGUGUGCUUUGGAGAUGGCUGUGCUGGAAAUCCAGGCCAACGGGGACACCCGGGUCACAGAGGAGGCCAUCGCUCGUGCCAGGCACUCGCUGAGUGAUCCCAACAUGAGGGAGUUCAUCCUCUCCUGCCUGGCCCGCGACCCUGCCCGCCGGCCCUCUGCCCACAACCUCCUCUUCCACCGUGUGCUCUUCGAGGUGCACUCGCUGAAGCUCCUGGCAGCUCACUGCUUCAUCCAGCACCAGUACCUCGUGCCUGAGAACAUGGUGGAGGAGAAGACCAAGUCGCUGGACCUGCAUGCGGUCCUGGCGGAGAUCCCCCGACCCUCCCGGCCCCCCCUGCAGUGGCGGUACUCGGAGGUUUCCUAUCUGGAGUUGGACAAAUUCCUGGAGGAUGUCAGAAACGGGAUCUACCCGCUGAUGAACUUCGCCGCGGCCCGGCCCCUGGGGCUGCCCCGAGCGCUGGCCCCGCCCCCAGAGGAGGCCCAGAAGGCCAAGACCCCAACACCGGAGCCCUUUGACUCAGAGACCAGAAAGGUGAUCCAGAUGCAGUGCAACCUGGAGAGGAGCGAGGACAAGGCACGCUGGCACCUCACUCUGCUUCUGGUGCUGGAGGACCGGCUGCACCGGCAGCUCACUUACGACCUGCUCCCAACUGACAGCGCCCAGGACCUCGCUACUGAGCUCGUGCACUACGGCUUUGUCCACGAGGACGACCGGACUAAGCUGGCUGCCUUCCUGGAGAGCACCUUCCGCAAGCAUCGCGGAGCCCAGCUGUGACAGCACACCCGGCAACCCGCAUCGGGAAGCUGGACGCGAGGGUCCGGGGACCGACCGGGUGCUGCCUUCCGCCUGUGUGCCUGGGGGCUGAGGCCCCCAUGCCUGCUACUGAGGAACCUCCCUCUGCCUUGCACAGCUGCUCAGAGGCCCUGGCUAGGGUCAAGGGAGGCGGGCUUGGGCCCACAAGGAAGCUCAUCAGCAGGGUGGGGGGCAUGAUUAGGCCACACACGUCCUUAGGACGAGGACCCCCUCACCCAACCUGCCUCCGCGCUCACCCUUCCUUCCCACAGCCUCCCUGCGCCAGCAGGCAGUCCCUCGCCCCCCAAGCUGUCUGGUCGGUGACUGAGCCCUCCAAAUGGGGAGGCUGCCCUGUCGGGAGCCACGGUUGGGGGGUAGCACAGACCCACACAAAGGAACCCCAACCUCAAGUCAAUGGCGGAGCACCUGCAGGCAUCCGGCACGGUGCUGGGCACUGAGCAGGGCCAUGUCCUGGCAGGAGGCGCAGACAGCAGAGACGCUGCGCAAAGCCCCAGAUCCCAGCACCAUGUGGCUCUUGCGCCUUCGCCCAAUGUCCAGUGCAGGCCAGCCCUGAAGCCCCUCGCUGGUGUUGCACUGCUCUAGGCGGGGACCGCCCCUCCUGUGGGCGCUCCACAGGCCCCUGUGGCCCCUCCAAAGGGCUUGCCUCUCUCCCAUCUUCCCUGGCCCGCAGGGUCAGGUCAGGAGUCCUCCCGGCUCCUCGCUCUGCCUCCCCCAGGCUCGCCGCCCCCGGGUGACCUCCCUCACCCCCUGUAGCAGCUGCCGCCCCAGGUCCUGCUGCCCCUGCGCUGCCCUGGCCUGGUUUCUCUUGAACCACCUCCCCUCCAUUUUCAAACGUAAACACUCUUAACAGUUUAAAUUGCAUGUAUAAAUUUAGUGCAUUCAGGGUUCUUUUUAAGCAUUUCAAAUGCCAAACUGAGGAAGUUGACCAUUCUAUCAGUUGUCUAUUGUUGCUCGAGGAACUUACCACAAACUUAGUGGCUUAAAACCACCCCAAUUUAUUACAGUUCUGUAGGUCAGAAGUCUGGCGCAGGUCUCACGAGACUAGAAUCAAGGUGUCAGCCAGCUGCCUUUCUUUCUCGAGGUUCUAGGCAAGAGUCCAGCGGCCGCUCCUGCAGGCUGGCUGCCGGCUUGUGGUGUCAGGCACAGCGCUGGGUGCCGGGCAGGAAUUCAUUGCCUGGCAGUGGUCAGGCUGUGGUCCGUGUUUUCUGGCCCGCUGUAAAACCGUAGGCCAUGCUCAGCUUCUAGAGGCUGCUGCCCUCCUUGGCCCGUGGCCCCAUCCUCCAUCUGCAAAGCCAGCAAUGUUGGGUUGAGUCUUUCUCACGAACCAUCUGUCUGAAUUUCUGCAGCCAAAAAAACUUUCAUGUAAAUAGGUUGAGUACACCUGGAUGAUCCAGAAGAGUCCCCCCGUGCCGAGGUCCGUUGGCUGUCAGAAGUAGCAUCCUCAAGUUCUGGGGGUUAAGGCAGGGCCGUCCGCGGGGGGAGGGGUGUCAUCCCACCUACCGCCUUGCCCCAACCAAAGCCUGAGACAAGACAGACUGACUGAGGCGUAUCAAAUAAAUUAAGUGUGCAAAUACAGUGACUCUCCAGGUAUUGUGAACAUUUCCACACUCUACAAAAUUAAUCAAAUUCUCACAACUUAAUUCUCACACCUUUCAAUUUAAAACUACAAAUCUAAAAUAACCUACGUGCCUAGUUGGAAAUCCUGAUGCUAAGCUGCCUGAUUCACAUCGACCUCCACAGCCUGAUGUCAAACGCUCAACGUUGUACCUGUGAUUAAACUGAACACAGAA